AUGUAUUGCCAGAAGUGUCGGACUCCCUUGAAGCUGGAUGGCUCUCUCGAGUCACUCAACCCCGCCGCCUUCGACUUGUUGAUCGGGUCGACCGGUAAAUCUAUUCCAGACCAUAACUCUAAUACGUUAUCGCGGCCUCAUUACCCCCAAGAAAGACGAGAGCUCUACGACCGGGCCUCCAAACAUGCUACACAACCAGUCUAUCGAAGAUCCAUCCCGGCUCCCCGCCAGGCGGGCAGCAACUCGGCCAACCCUUCGAGACUGGGACGGAGUGAAAGUGGCAACAUGUCCUUCGUUAUGCUCACAGAGUCUCAAGUUGGGCUGCCGCAUGGAAUCUCCGGUACCAACGGCGACAGCCCAUCGAAGAGUAAACCGCCGAUCAGCACUCCGUCCAAUGAUCGAGGGUCAGAGGAGGCAUCGUUCGCGGACCAAGUCGAACGAACAAGCCGGCUAUUUGACAUUAUCUCCUCGCGCUCCGACAUCGACCAUCCCAUUUGUACCGAAUGCACCGAGAUGCUGGUGGACGGGUUGCAGCAGCGAUUGGUAGAUGCAACCAAAGAGCGGGAUGCAUACAUCUCAUUCUUGCGGAACUUGAACACCUCCGUACCGACGGCCGAAGAGCUCGAGGCAGCGCAGAAGUCGCUUAAGGAGACCCUAGAUGCGGAAAAGGCUGCCUUUGAAGAGCUCCUUGCGUUGGAACAAGAGAAGGCGGCCUUGGACGAGGAAAUCGCCGGGUUGGAGGAAGAGUCACGUCAAAUGGAUGUUGAAGAAGAGAAGUUUUGGCGCGAUCGCAACACAUUUGCCCUGACUCUCGCCGACUUCCAAAACGAACGCGAUGCUUUAAAUAUGAAAUACGACCAUGAUUCUCGUCAACUUGAACGACUGCAAAGGACCAAUGUGUACAAUGAUGCCUUCUGUAUUGGCCACGACGGCUACUUUGGAACGAUCAAUGGGCUGCGGCUUGGCCGGUUAGCCAACCCAUCGGUCGACUGGCCCGAAAUCAAUGCUGCUUGGGGCCAGACGGCUCUCCUUUUGGCAACUAUCGCCGAUAAGUUGGGCUUCCAUUUUCAAGGAUACCAAAUCAAGCCACUGGGGUCCAUGUCCAGGAUCGAGAAGAUCGAACAGUCUCGACCGUCCCCGGCCCAGUCUGCGCUGAGUGGAGCAAAUGCGAUGUCAACCGCAACGCCCAAGAUCACCACCCUCGACCUGUUUUCUUCCGGCGAGCUGCCACUAAAUCUCCCCUGGCUUCACCGCCGGUUUGAUGCAGGAAUGGUGGCGUUUCUGGAAUGCUUACGCCAACUAGGUGAAUUUGUGGAGAAGACGCCAGCGCCUGUUCCCUCAAAUCGCCGGGGUCACGCCAACACCACGGUGCCCGGUCUGAAGCUCCCGUACGAGAUCAAACGUGAUAAGAUUGGUGAUGCCAGCAUCAAGCUUGGAUUCAACCAGAACGAUGAGACCUGGACCCGUGCCUGCAAAUACACCCUAACUUGUUGUAAGUUUCUGCUGGCGCAUGCGAGCAACGUUGCCAGUGCGGGCUCCAGUAAUGCUGCGGCCGUAGCAGCCGCAGCAGUUGCAGCUGGUGAGCAAGCCGGGAUGCCACCGGCGAGCCCUACUACUAAGUGA